AUUUAUUCAAACAUUAUAAAUCAACAAAAAAACUAGCAAAACUACAUAUCUAGUAUGUUUGCCUUCUCUUUUCUCCUCUCCCAUUCGCCCACUUAGUGAAUGUAGCAUCUCGUUGCCUUAGUUACAGUGUUUCGUCUGGGGCCAGGCAGAGGAUGAGAAAGGGUUUGUUGACAGGGGAAGUUGUCAAGCUUUCCACAACAAUAAAUAACUAGCCAAUUAGCCAGUUAGCAAACCAUGUCGCAUGUCACAUGAAAUGGGACUUUGAUCCUUUGAAAGUGUUUACAGAAACUUGCAAGUUUUUACAGAAACUGUCAAAGAAAUGGCUGACAUUCUUAAACACUCAGAUGAGCUGGGAAACGUUUUAGUUCAGGUCCAGGAUGAUUUGAGACAGCUGAAGCGUAGUCUUGGCCGUAUCACCUUCCACGAGAAGGGAGAAACGGUGGACCUCCAGGCCUUGGACACUGCCAUCCGCAGGACAGAGAGUGGGAUCAGGAGGCGUGCAGAGCAGUAUCAGGAGACGGUCAAUAGGCAGGUACUGACACUUCCCAGCAUUGAAGACCUAGAGAAUAAGACUGUACAGAUUCCCAAAUGGAGGCCCCCCCUGGAGAGUAUCCCAGACAUGCAUCAUCAGAGAGGUCAGAGUGUGGGGGCUUCACCUGGGGAGAAGCACAAGGCAGCGUUGGCCAUGCGUCUGCUGUAUAAUCCCGUUCAUCCAAAGAACAGGACUCUGAUGCACCAAAACUAUGGAAUUCAGCUUCCUGAUCUGCGUAAGAGAUCGGCUACGAUACCAACUCUUACAGUCUGUGCGUGUGUCGUCUUGCUCCAGCAGCAACUCUACGAGUUCGCUGUCUGUGUCUCGCAUUCAGCAGCCAACGUUUACAGCUUCCUGCUGUCUCCCUUCCGAGCAGCCAACUUCUUACUAGCUCCUUUCUCCGCGUUUCCUUUAGCCAACUCCUUUACCAGCUUCUGUGAUGUAUCAGAGUGA